AUGACGGCAGAAGUUUCACACGGCCGCGGCGGCGCGGGCAACAUCAACGCCGACGACACCCCGUACGUCGACGGCGAGGUGGUACGCGAAGGCGUCAUUGGCAGCCACGGCGACGGAGUCUACAGUGCCGGUCGCGGCGGCGCCGGCAACAUUGGCGACAAGGGCCUUCCGGCGACUGAGCGCAAGGAUCGUGACAUCAUCCCCGAGGCGGCGGUCCGCCUGAGCACCGACACCGGCGACUACCACACGGGCCGGGGCGGCGCCGGCAACGAGCACACGGCCGCCGGGCACGCUCAUCACGGCGACCACGGCCACAAGGACAAGGAGGCAGCAGCAGUCGGCGCGCCAGAGGCGGAGAAGGAGACGACGGGCGCGCCGCCGUUGAGCGUGGCGGACAAGCUGAAGCAGAAGCUCUUUUCCGCGUUCAAGUGA